GAAGCCAUGAACAAUCUAGCGAUCGCUGACCGACCUUUGAAGAUCACAGAAGCUUUGGAGAAGAUGGAACAGAAGUCUGUUGAAAAAGUUACUACACCCAGAGAAAGAAGACACUCGCAUGGCAGUUUCUACGAAAACGUGUCGUCUAGUGAAACUGCUACAAAACCUUCGAAUUUAAAACCAACGCAAAGUAGUUCUGUCCAGUCUAAAACUCUUCCAAAAGAAAAGCCGGAAAAACACAAUCCAAUCAUAGCUAAUGCAGCCGAAAGUACCAUUGUAAAAGAGAAACGUAAGUAUAGUGAUUUAAUUGUUAUUUUGAGUCAUACAGGUUGUCUCAAAAAACUCGUGCCAUCUCUCGUAGAGAGAUUUCUCACAUAAAAAUAAGAUUUAU